AUGGAUGACCUGAAAGAAAUUAAAACACUCAAAUUUAUUAAAUCGAACAAACUUAAACCUGAACUUCCACCAACUUUCUCCAUCCAAGACCUUUUCCCGAAGUCUUGUAGUAGCAAAUUUCCAAAUGCAUUUAUAGUAUACCGUAAACAACUUUGUCAAAAUUUAAAGGCACUAAACAUAUCUAUAAAUAUGCCGAUAGUAUCUUCACUCGCGAGUAAAUUAUGGAAUGAAGAAACGGAUGAGUUCAAAACCAAAUAUAAAACAUUUAUUGAUGAAGCAAAAAGUUAUUAUCAGCGACAGUGUUCAGAAAAAACUGAUGCAAAAGUUAACCCAUAUAUAGAUACAGUUUCUUUUAAUGAUGCACAAGAAAACUUUGAAGUAUAUAAUUACCAGUUCCAAACUAAUGACUCCCAAAAUAUCCAACAAAUUCAAGAGUCGUUAGAACCUUUAGUUUACUCUCAAGACUAUUUUUAUUGGAAUUACGCGUCUGAUAAUUUGAUCUAUCAACUUUAUCCAAUUCCUAUUCAUCAAUGUUGCGGUGGAUACUGUGAGAAUUGUUCAACGAAUGCUAUAGUCAAUAUCAACAGAAAUGAAUAUGGAAUGGAUGGAACAUAUUGUAGGCUUUAG